AUGCAUACUCUAUCUCAAUUAAUUGUUUAUCCACUCACUGGUUCAAAUGUUGUUCCAGCAAAAAAGAUUACAAAAACUCCUUAUAUUCCUCCUGAAAUUAUUCGUAUUAUUCUUAGUUUCUUAAGGAAUGAUAGAAAAACUCUCGCUGCUUGUGCUUUAGUUAAUCAUACUUUUAACCUUCACGCUACUCCUAUUUUAUAUCAUACCGUCGCAUUUACUUUUCCUCAUACAUUUACACUUUUCGUUGAUGCCUCAAACGAUAUUAAAAAGCGUUGUUCUCAUAUGGUUCGUCACUUGGAUCUUUCUAGUUUCUCUACCUGUGGCUUACAAAAAAGUUCUUUUGAAACGCAAAAUGUCGUCACUCCUGAUCUUUUAAUUCAUACUCUAAGAUCUUUCCCCGAAUUAAAAGCUUUUUCCGUAUCUGAAUCUUUGGAAUCCGUAGUUACCCUUGAUGUUUUAAAGGUUUUAUUUUUAGAAUGUAAAAAUAUCAAAGCUAUCGAUUUUUGUGGCUGUGUUAGUAAACAAUUUAGUAGCGCUUUAGAUGAAUUUUCUCGAUCAAUCGGUCGUGUUAAAAUUGAACAAUCUUGCAACGAUUAUGAUGAAACAACUAUUUCUUUUCACAUGACUUCCAAACCUUUAUUAUCUCAUUUACAAAGACUUUCAUUUCAUGAAUGUCCUACAAUUUCCGAAUACUCAACCAUUAUACCCCUUCUCGCUCAUACUCCAAAUCUUACACAUCUUGAUUUGGGAGGUUGUUCUAUCAGCGAUUUAACUUUAAAUUUCUUAGCUGGAACAAAUAUUCCAACUAAAUUAUCUCAUUUAUUAUUGGCUAAAUGUAAAAAUAUUUCAUCUGAUACUAUUUCAUCACUUGUCUCAAAAUGUUCUCAAUUGGAAACACUUAAUCUUUACGGUGACAGAGAUAUCACUACUGCUAUUAAAGAAUAUGAUUUAGUAACUAUACUUCGAUCACCUAAUGCAAAGAAUUUCCGAACAUUAGAUAUUGGAUCAUCGCAAAUAACCCCUUUGAUUUUAACAGCUAUCAAAGAGAAUUGUCCAUCAUUACAAAAUCUUGGAAUUUCAAAAGCUCAAAUUACCAAUUUGAACCUUAUUAAAGAACUUUUAACAUCAUUACCGAAUUUACAAUACAUUGAUCUCACUUCAAUCCCAUGUUUUAACAUUUUAAACGCGAACAAUUUACUUACUGAUAUAAAAAAGAAUAAACAUCCUAUUCACACAAUUGAAAUGAGCGAAUCAUUACUUAAAAAACUUUACGCAGUUGAUGGAUGGAAAAUUGAUGUAAAUUAUGGUAGAAGAUGGUAUUAUUCUCGGGAAGCUCAAAGAGAAGCAAUCCGACCUGAUAGAGUACAUGGUAGAAAACUUGAUAUAACUGGAUAUGGUCCAGAAUUUAUGAGCAAAAUUUUUCAAUAUUAUAGUUUUGAUGCAUGA